UCCACACAGAACUCUUAACUGUUUCUGCUGUAGACUUUGAUGCAGACAGCUCAGUGACGUAUAAAAUGGUUCCCUCGGGUUAUAAUCGUUGUUUUCAAGUCCAUGCUAUUACAGGAAUACUGUCUCUGACUUGUGAUCUCAGCGAAAAUAUAUUUUCGAAGAAUGUCAUCAACAUUUCAGCUACAGAUGGACAACACUAUUCAGAUGUUUUGGUUAUUAGUAUAAAAGUUGUUGACCCGUUACAGCACCGAGGAUUGAUCAAUAAAGAUGCUGUGGUUGAAUGUAGAGAUGAUGGUGUCACGGAUAAACUAAAAGAACAGAUCACUAUCGCUAAAAAGAACAAUCAGGAUGGAACGAAUGACGUCACCGAGGCUACUCCUUCAAGGUAUGGGGAGAACCUACAUAGUCCUCAGUUUUAUAAUGGCCUCCCUAUGGAAAUUGUUCUCAAGGAAAACCUACCAAUAGGCACAGAAGUACUGAAAAUCUCAGCAGAAGACCAUGAUCAUGGUUAUAACGGAAAAUUGGUAUAUGUCAUAUCAAAUGGAAAUGACGAUAGCUGUUUUAAAAUUGAUAUGCAUUCUGGAAAACUUGUUAUAAUUGGUGAACUUGACCGAGAAACAACAGCGAAAUACAUGCUUAAUAUAUCCGUAUUUGAUCUAGGCCAACCACCUCAAGCUACAUCAACAGUUUUACAUGUUGUACUGAAAGACGUUAAUGACAAUGUUCCUGUCUUUGAUAGAUCUGCUUACGAUUUUUCUUUAUUUGAGGAUACCCCUAAUGAGACAGUUAUUGCAAAACUUAUAGCUUCUGAUGCAGAUUCUGGGCCCAACGGACAAUUAGUCUUUUCAUUGGCUACUGAUACCAAGGAUUUUUAUAUAGAUAAAGCCAUGGGGACGUUAUCUGUUCAUGGGCCUUUAGACAGGGAACGGAUAAAUUAUUAUAGGCUCAAAGUUCGAGUGUCAGAUUCUGGUUCGGAAGAAGUUCUUUCUUCUUAUACUGUGGUAAAUAUUGAGGUUCAAGAUGUUAAUGACAAUUCUCCCAGUUUUCCGCUUGGUCAGUAUUUAACUAAGCUUCGAGAGGACAUUCCAAUAGGAUCCGUAGUAAUGAGUUUAUCGGCAACUGACCCUGAUCUGAACGACGCAGGAACAGUGUCUUAUGAAUUGCUAAACGACAAAAUGGGAAUUUUUACCAUCGAUAAACAGAUGGGAAUCAUACGACUAAAUCGUAAACUAGAUUACGAGGAAAGACAAAUUUACAACUUAACGGUUUUAGCUAGCGAUUUGGGAGUCCCCAUGCAAUCAUCUAGUGCUUUCCUGCUGGUGGAAGUAGAAGAUGUGAACGAAAACAAUGAUGCUCCAGUUUUUAACGAACGCGUUGCCACAGGAGCAGUUAGCGAAAACCAAGCAUCAGGAACUUUUGUCAUGCAAGUUAAAGCCAAUAAUGAUAAUCAUAGAAAUUGGAAUGACAAAGUAGCAUAUUUCUUGGAAGCACAAGAAGGGACUGGACUCUUCAGAAUUGACGAAGAGGGAAUAAUUUGGACUGAAGUUUCUCUCGACCGUGAAGAACAGCCUCACUACUGGCUAUCAGUAUAUGCUCAAAACAAGGAGCUUUUCCCCCUUCAGACCCGAUUAGAUCUCUACAUAGAGGUGCUGGAUGAAAAUGACAAUGUACCUCUCACUGACGAACCUAUCUAUUACCCCUCCGUAGUGGAACGUGCAGACCCAGGAACCACUGUGAUUCGACUAAAUGCUUUCGAUCAAGAUUUGAACUCCCAAGACGGACUAACCUUUAAUAUUACAGCUGGAAAUGCUCAGGGGUUCUUUGUUAUCGAUCGAACAACAGGUAUAAUUCAGACUACCGGAUGGCAACUAGACCGGGAAACACAGGAAGAACACAUUUUAGAGGUGACUGUCACGGAUUCUGGGACACCUGCUCUCUCCUCAACAACUAGAGUUGUUGUAACUGUGGCGGACAUUAACGACCAUGACCCAGAGUUCCUUCAUCACAUAUAUCUUCAUUGCACGGUGCUUCCUACAAAUAUUUCUGACAAAGAACAUGCUUUGUUUCGGGUUGUUGCCAUGGAUCACGAUGAAGGACCAAGUGGCAGUGUGACAUAUGGUCUUGAAGCCGGAGAAAUGAACAACAUAUUCCACAUCAGUCCAAUAAGCGGGACUGUGACAGUAAAGAAACCGCUCGAAGCUGGUGAAGAGUAUGAUCUGAGAGUUAGAGCAACGGACGGUGGUCAACCCCAACGAUCAACCUUGACAAGGGUUGUGAUAAAUGUACUUUCCACUCCUAAAAGCUCUCCGAAUCCUCCACUUCUAAAACUUCCUGAAGCUUAUGCGAAAGUUAGUGAAAGUGAGAAAGUAGGCCACCUGGUGGUUUUGAUUGACGUUGAGGAUCCAGAUGGUGAUAAGUUGUGGUACAGCAUCACGAAUGGAAAUGAAGAACAUAAAUUUACAAUGAGACCUGAUGAGAGAGGAAUAUUGUUAGCAGAACCUUUAGACUGGGAGACUUGUAGCUACUACAACUUAACUGUUAGAAUAACGGAUGGCGUGUAUACUGUAACAACAAAGGUUUAUGUCGAAGUCCAAGAUUACAAUGAUCAUCCACCAGUUUUUGAACAAAUGAUAUACCAUUUAACGGUUUCUGAAAAUGUUGAAGUUGGAACAAUACUUGUACAGCUAUCAGCUACAGAUCUGGAUCAAGAUAAAAGGCUGUUUUAUUCCCUGUAUAACAGUGCAGCUACUUCCAGUCUUCGGAUGUUCCAUCUGGACGAAGUAACGGGCGUUCUAUCGGUAAUGGAAGAGCUUGACCAUGAACUAAUUCAUCAGCAUAUUCUAACAGUAUUAGUGAAGGAUCGUGGGACUCCUGCAAAACGAAACUUUGCAAGAGUAAUCAUUGAUGUAGAAGAUCACAACGACCAUUCUCCAGAGUUCCUGCUGUCUUUGUUUGAAGCUCCCGUGCUCGAGACAGCAGCAGUUGGGACCUCUGUUGUACAAGUAUCGGCGUUUGACAGAGAUAAAGGAAGAAACGCACAAAUCUGUUUCUCACUCAUUUCCGGGAACUUUGGAAAUGCCUUCAUGGUUGACCCUAAUCUUGGUACUGUUUUGGUAGCCAGAAAAUUAGACCGCCUUACGAUGCCAGAAUAUUUUCUCGUUCUAAAAGCUUCUGACAAUGGGUUACCUUCUCUAAGUAGUACAGUCCACGUUCGAGUAGUUGUUACAUUAGCUGAUGAUGCUGCACCUAAGUUUUCUAAUGAAGACUAUUCAGUAAAUAUUUAUGAAAAUGUAAAAGUUGGAACCGUUGUUAUGACGGUUUCAGCAACAAGUCGUUCUUCUGUUUACUACGAGAUUACAUCUGGAAAUGAAGAAGGGCGUUUUUGCAUAAACCCUCACUCUGGCGUUAUAUUUACUAUUUCCGAAUUGGAUUAUGAACAAAACAAAUACUAUAACCUGACAAUUCAAGCCAUAAACCUGACUGGAAGAAAUUCAAGUCGAACCGCACUCAUCCAAAUAUUAGACUAUAAUGACAACAGGCCUAUUUUUUUAAAGUUAGAUUAUCAUGGAGAAGUAAGUGAGGCUGCAGAAGUUGGUGCCUUAGUUUACUCGAACGAUAGCACUCCAUUGGUGAUAGUGGCUGGGGAUAAGGAUUCCAACAUCAACUGCCACUUGCAUUACGAAAUUGUAGAGAAUAUAGCCAAGAAUUUCUUUAAGAUUGACUCCAGCACAGGGACUCUCAGAGUAGCUCGACACCUAGACUAUGAAAAAAUGUCAGAAUUCCAUUUCCGAGUCCAAGUUUUUGAUAGUGGUAGUCCUAGACUCGAGGCAGAAACCACAGCCCACGUUCACGUCCGCGUUACUGAUACGAACGAUUCUCCCCCUCAGUUCGAACUGAGGCAGUAUGACGCCUACAUAUUUUUACCGACUUACAAUAACGUCGUGGUUACUCGAGUAAAAGCUCAUGACGUCGACUUGUCGAUAAAUAGUGUUUUAAAGUAUAAAAUUGUAUCAGGAAACACGGGUGGUAAAUUUUUUAUCAAGGAAAACUCAGGUGAAAUAUUUCUUAAAGAACCACGUGCCUUACAAAAUUAUUAUUCUUUAAUAGUUUCUGUUAGUGAUGGAAUAUUCGAGGCAAGCACAAAAGUCGUAAUCCGAGUGAGGAAAACAGAAAACAGUGGGCUUGUAUUUGACGAAAUAAAAUACACCAAUGAAAUCUUUGAAAAUACGACAGAAGUUAUGAUCGUUGCUGUCAUUACGGUUUUAAGUGUUGGUUUGAACGAGCAUUUAACAUUUAACAUACUCAAUCCUUCAGACAUGUUUGAUAUUAGCUCAACGUCUGGCGUUCUCCGUACCACUGGAAGACCUUUCGAUCGAGAAGUCAAGGAAAGAUAUACGUUAGUGGUGGAAGUCAGAGGCGAUGCUACAGGUGAACUUCAAGUCGCUCAUGUUCUGGUGGAAGUCACUGUGCUUGAUGUAAAUGACAAUGUCCCAAUAUUUGUUAACUUGCCUUACUACGCAGUAGCUCCGGUGGAAGCACAGCAUGGUGAUCUGAUCUGGAAAGUUCAGGCAGUGGAUAACGACCUAGGUUUGAACAAGUUAAUAACCUAUAAACUUGCAAGAAGUAGCACUGAUAUAUUUGCUGUUGAUGGUAGACUUGGGGAGAUUCGACUUCAACGUCCAGUCAGGACUGACGUCAAGGAAUACAUCUUGACUAUAAUUGCUGUCGACAAUGGUAAUCCGCCACUUCAAAGUGAGGCUACAGUACAUAUUAAAGUGAUUAGUCAGGACACGCCCAUUUUUCUUCAGCACUUCUUCAGCCGGAUGGUUCCAGAAAACACAUGUUGUAAUAUUCCUUUGUUAUCUCUUGGAGCUAAUAGUCCAUAUGGCCAUCAAGUCGUUUAUAGUAUUGUUAGAGGAAACGAAGAGGAUCUUUUUGAUAUCGAUUUUCAAAACGGUGUUAUCUUCGUUACUGAUGAGUUGGAUUAUGAAACUUCCACUGAACACUAUCUGACAGUGAGAAGCACAGAUUCGGCAACUGGAGCCCACACAGAGGUACUAGUACAUAUCGUCGUAGAAGAUAUCAAUGACCAUUCGCCAGUUUUUACACACGAUUCGUACAACGUGACAAUAUCAGAAGCUGUACCUUUCGGGACUACUGUUUUGACAGUGCAAGCAAAAGAUGAUGAUAAGAAUGCCAGUCAAAUGCUUCAAUAUAGUAUAUUAGGUAGAGCUACGGCAUUUUUCCACGUGGAUUCUAUAAAAGGGAAUAUUAUCAUCAAACACUCUCUUGAUCACGAAGUUCAAUCCUUUCAUCAUUUCGUUGUCAUGGUAGCAGACAACGGAUCACCGUCACUAAGCACGACCGCAGAUGUCUGGGUAACGGUAACAGACGUUAACGACAAUCCUCCUCGAUUUGGACAUGCUGACUAUAGUUGUGAAGUAAGCGUAUUGGUAGAGCGAGAUCAUUUUGUAACAAUGGUAGAUGCCUCGGACAUGGAUGCCACAGACCAACUGAAACUCUUGUAUUCCAUUGUGGGUGGCAAUGAUCUUCAAGCUUUCUAUAUUCAUCGGAAAACAGGAAUCAUAGCUAUUGCCAGCCCACGACAGUUUAUUAAACAGUCGUUCUACACACUUAAUGUGACUGUCACUGAUGGCGUGUAUUCCAGCUACACCGCUGUUUCAGUUAAUGCACGAAGUGAAAACCAACAUUCCCCAGUUUUCGACAGGAACAAGUACGAAGCUCUCCUGAAAAACGACGUGGCUCCAGGAACUUUAGUUGCCAUUGUUUCCGCCACAGAUAUGGACAAGGGUGUUUAUGGUCAGAUGGAGUUUAGUAUACCAAGUCAAAAGAGUUUGAAAUAUUUUUACAUUGCUCAGAAAACAGGACAGUUAUAUACAAAAAGGAAUUUUAAUCGAGAGAGAUUUCAACGGUACGAAAUCCCUGUCAAAGUCAGUGAUGGUGGGGGAAGAACUGGUUAUUCCUUAGUGCGUGUCACUGUUAUUGACGUCAGUUAUCAUUCGCUCGAGUUCUCCACUACUGAAUAUGUGCUGACCAUUUCUUCUAAUACAACAGUUGGCAGUAGUAUUCUGAAAACGCAGGCUUUUGAUCCUAAAGAUACUGUUGGAGGGAACCUGGUAUAUAGUAUUUAUCGAAAGCAGGAUUCGUUUUUGGACACAGUUCUUGGUAUCCAAGCGAACCACGGAGUUAUUUAUUUAAAACGACCCUUAAUGGGCCAAGAAGGCGCUGUGUAUCAGUUUUUCGUCAAGGCAGAAGAUAAGAUGUCACUUUCUCAAGAGGCACAAGUUCCUGUCACUAUUCGGAUAAGUGCACCUCAAAUUGUAAUACCUCGUUUCAAACAACACCAUUAUGAACACUUUGUCUCCGAGUCAGCAGAAAUUGGCACCAUCAUUUCUAUACUUAAUACUAGCUCUUUCUGGCCUAUUGUAUAUACGUUUACACCGGUAAAGGCAGAGUCUAAAUCUCAAAUAUUUCAAUCUAAAUUUUCAGUGAAUAAGCAAGGUCAUGUCUUGCUAAUGUCCAGGCUUGAUCGAGAAGAAGAGAUGACCUAUUUUUUAACAGUAAAAGCCAACAUCCAGGAAAACCCCCAACUAGCAUCAUACGUUAACAUUAAAAUAAUAGUAUUGGAUGACAAUGAUAACAUUCCAAAAUUCGAAUCUAACCAGUAUUCAGUUAAGGUAGCAGAAAACGUAGAAGUAGGUUGCCAGGUACUCAGAUUAGUCGCUCAUGAUGAAGACAUUGGUCAGAAUGCUGACAUAACCUAUUCGUUUGGCUUAUAUCAUGAUGAUGACGACUUCAGUGAAGUCUUUAGCUUAGAUGGCAACACAGGAUGGUUGACGACAAUGGUUCCUUUAGAUUACGAAAGCCGCUCAAGAUACAAUUUUACAAUAGCGGCUACUGACAAUGGCUCUCCAGCUUUAUCCUCAGUUGCCUUGGUGAGUAUAGAGAUUCAGGAUUAUAACGAUAACCCUACUACUUUCAAGCGGUCAUUCUACGAGGCAGCCAUCUAUGAAGACGCUGAAGCUGGAACUGACAUACUUGUCUUAGAUGUCGACGAUCGUGACAGUGAAAGAGUAAAACACAGCUUAGCUUUUUAUAUCACUAAAGGAAAUCUGAGAGAUUCUUUUCGAGUCCAAAAAACUGGAGAACUGUACGUUAAUACACCUCUUGAUCGAGAGCUGAUUCCCCACUACGAUCUGGAGAUUACAGUAACAGACGGCAAAUAUGUUUCCACUACACUUGUUUCUCUUGAUGUCCUAGAUGCCAACGACAACCCAACUAUGUUUCUCAAAUCAAAGUACACAGCAGUGUUGCCGGAGAACAUACCUGUCCAAACGUCUAUAUUACAACUAGAAAUUAGUGAUGCCGAUACUAAGAGAAACGCCCACGCUCUCAGUUUUUUGACGGGAAAAGGAGCAAAGGAUUUUGUAAUCAAUCCAUCUACAGCUGUUUUGAAUGUGGUGCGGCCACUGGACAGGGAGAAGAUAUCUCAGUACUACCUGCAGGCACACGUCCUCGACAGUAAGCGACCACAUUGGGAAAGUAUCUGUAAUAUUAAAAUUAUUUUGAAUGAUGUCAACGAUAAUGCACCUAGUUUCACAGCUCCGGUUUAUUCCGUCAGUGUGUCAGAAGAUUCUAGAGUCGGAACACUCGUAAUGAAGAUCCAUGCUGUUGACAGGGAUAAAGGACGAAAUCGAAAACUCUCCUACGAGUUUAUCUACUCAGCUGAAGAGACAUUCUCAAUCGACAAAAAGAAUGGUAUUGUUCGUUUAAAUAAAAAACUGGAUAGAGAAAGAGUGGGAUUUUAUAACUUAACCGUUAAAGUAACUGAUCACGGAAUUCCACAGUUGUCUUCUGUAGCUGCAGUAUAUGUGCAAGUGCAGGAUAUAAACGACAAUCCACCAGUUUUCAACAAGAGACACUACAGAGCCCUAGUAUCUGAAGAAGCAGAACUGUACACAGAAGUGAUCCAGGUUUUAGCUGUUAGUAUCGAUGCCGGUAACAAUGCUGAAAUAACAUAUUCGAUAUCCUCUGGGAAUGACCUUGGACAUUUUGAAAUCCAUCAAAAAUCUGGUGUUAUCACCGUGACUAAGCACCUAGAUUAUGAAGAUAUACAGGAUUAUUUUUUAACUAUUGAAGCUAAAGAUGGAGGAACCUCACCACUUACAACUCAUGCUACUGUAAAUAUCUCAGUCAUAGAUGCCAAUGACAACGCUCCCAUUUAUAGUCAGGCAUCUUACCAAACCAUUAUUCGAGAAGAUGCUUCAGUGGGAGACAGAAUCAUUCAGGUGAAAGCAAGCGACAUAGACAGUGCUCCAAACGCCCAGCUGUCCUACUUUAUUAUAGAAGGAGAUCGUUAUAGACAAUUCUAUGUUGAUAGGGAGGAGGGUUACAUUGAAAUAGCUGCUCCGCUUGACCGGGAAACGAUUUCUAAAUAUGCAUUGGAAGUGGAAUGUCGUGACAGUGGGACGCCGUAUCUUUGGACUCGAGUUCUUGUAGAUAUUGAAAUAUCUGACGUAAAUGAUAAUCCACCAGUGUUUUCCAAAACUAACUACUCAGUCAUCAUUCAGGAAAACAAGGAAAUUGGCUUUCCAGUAAUUACUUUUAGUGUUAAUGAUAAAGAUACUGUUCCAAACACCGGACCUUUUAUUUUCGGCAUCAUCUCCGGUAACGAGGAUAAUUCAUUCCGCAUACUGCCUCAAGAAAGGGUCUUAGAAACCGCCAAAAAAUUCAGUUAUCAAUAUCGAAGCAACUACACAUUGUGUAUUCAGGUUACAGAUGCUGGACUUCCUCCUCUUAGCAGCCAGGCUUGGGUCACGGUCCUCAUUGUUGAAGAAAGCCGUUUUGCACCGAAUAUAAUUCCACUUGAAAUCAUAAUUACUUCCUUUGGAGUUAAAUUUCCUGGGGGCAUUUUGGGUCGUGUUCGAGCAACUGAUGAAGAUCCUUAUGACACACUGAGCUUCGAUAUAUCGUCUCCACAUAAACAUCUAUUUCAAAUUGAUCACGAGGACGGAACACUAUCGUCGGUACCAAGUUUGGAUCCUGGUUUUUAUAUGAUCAACGUUAGUGUGACAGAUGACAAGUUCACCACGAGUAAAACUAUCACUAUCCAAAACAAUCUGCUCACAGAAGAAGCUAUAAAACAUGGAGUUGUCAUUCGUAUAGCAAGUAUAAGUUCUGAGCGGUUUCUUCUUUAUUACAAAGAAAAAUUUCUUGAGUUUGUUCGGAGAAUUUUAAACGUUCCAUUAACGAAUGUUCAGAUAAUUAGCAUACAAAAAGCAAAUAUGAACAACACCAAAACUACGAGAGGGACGCAUCCGGACCUUGACGUAUUUUUCUGUAUAAGGGAAGAUUCUUCCGUCUUCUACUCAUCAAAUUUAAUCCGCAGUAAGCUAAAAGUAAAGUUGGAAUCAUUCCAGAAAUAUGUUGGGUUGGAAAUCCAAGAAAUUAUGGAUGACUGGUGCACCUUAGUGACCUGUGUGAACGGGAAGUGUAUUCAUCAGAUAAUGAUGGAUGAGAGUGAAAUUAAGGCCAUUAGUACCGAUACCUGGAGCUUUGUGUCACAUCAUUUUUAUCAGAUGUCUAGUUGUCAUUGUGAGCCAGGCUAUGGUGGCCCCCAUUGUGAACGAGGGGUAAGUGCUUGUACCCGCCGACCUUGUCCUUUAGAAAAAGUUUGCAUUCCUGCUGCUUCAACCCUCGGAUAUGUCUGUGAAUGUCCGAAAGGAAAAACGGGGACGUUAUGUGAUCGUGAAAAAAACAAAUGCAACGGCUCUCAUUGUUACGAAGGAAAAAAUGUCAUUACUUUUGGUGGAAAAAGCUUUGCUCAGUACACCAUGAACGCACCUGUCGACCACCACUUCACUGUCCACUUGCACAUUCGAACUGUUCAGGCUACUGGCAACCUUAUGUUUGCUUCUGGAAGAAAAGACUACAGUAUUUUAGAAAUGAUCAACGGAGCUGUUCAGUUCAGGGUGGAUUUUGGCAGUGGAGAAGGUAUCGUUCGAGUGGAAGAUAUCAAAGUAAACGAUGGCACGUGGCACGAAGUCAAGGUGGAACGUAGAGGAAAUACAGCAACUGUCACUGUAGAUGAUCUAGCCAAAGAAACGGGAGUAGCUCCUGGUUUUCACGACCUGUUGAACCUUGACGGAAAUGACUUGUAUUUCGGAGCAGAAGCUAGAUCUUUGAGAUAUGAUGACGUUAGAAUGGGUUUUAUAGGCUGCAUGGCUGACAUCCGUAUCAAUGGAGUUGUACUACCUCUAAACAUUACCAGUACCAACAACGUUUCCACUCUCCGCAGAUUUGUUAAUAUAGAGUUCCGAUGUGGUGAACUGGUUGACCUCGGGAUAUGUGGAAUACAACCAUGUCUACACGGAGGCACGUGCCAAGAAAAUGAAAGUUCCUUCAUCUGUCUAUGCUUACCUCGUUUUCUUGGAAUCAAUUGUGAAAUAGACACAGAUCCUUGUGCCUCUAACCCUUGUCUCUAUGGUGGUACCUGUCGCAACCAGAGCAAUGGUUAUCAUUGCGAAUGUCUGCCUGGUCAUAGUGGUACUCGGUGUGGUUAUGGACAUUUCUGUAAUCCGAAUCCUUGUCAGAAUGGAGGCAUAUGUGAAGAGGGUACGUAUGGACCAGUGUGCAAAUGUCAGGGUUUCCAUGGUGACAGAUGUCAGUUAGAUUUGGAUGAGUGUCAAGGGGAUCCUUGUGGAGUCGGAGCAACAUGUAUCAAUUUUCAUGGAAUGUUCCAGUGUCAUUGCCAACCUAACAUGACAGGACCUCUCUGUACUGAACCUCUCUUUACUGCGUCGAUCACUUCCACAAGCAUGAAUACUACCCUGGAAGAAAUCAUUGGUAUUGUGUUGAUGGCGGUGUUUCUUCUUGCUGUAUCAGUCGGAAUGGUAUGUUGCUGUAAACGAUAUCAUCGCAAGUGUCAUCAGGGACAGAGAAAUAAUAACUUACAGGAUGACUCCAUCACAAAUGAAAUGAUGGUGAAGAAUUCUGUGUUACAUCGAGAUGACCAUAAACAUAUAAACAAGUUGACCAAUAUAGAAGAUACCUCAUUUACUAGACCAACAGUACCCCCUAGACCCAAAGGCUACACCCCAAGUAUACAAGAAUCUUUCAACAACUUGGACACGGCCAGAUCAUAUGAGCAGGUUUCAGAAGAUUUGGAGACCUUCCCUCGAUACAGUAAAGCUCUUCCACGGAUCAAGAAACGUCUCCAGACAAUAAGGAAUCUGUCUUCCGUCCCCAAACUAGCGUCUUCAGACAAAUCCGGAACCUCUAACAACACCAUUGCAAGAAAUGGACUGGAAGAAAAAGUUCAAAAUGAUGACCGUGAGCUGAAGAACGAGGAUAAUCUGGAACAAGAUUAUCAGAUGCAUAAGUCCUACUCUGGAGCCUCUGUUCGCCGUCAUCACAGCAUAUCCAUAACUUCUUUCCGGGCAGGGGGCGUUGUACGAGAACCAGAUGGGAAGGUUCACCUAGUCUCUAGCAGAGACGAGCACUACCAUACGGAUUUAGAUCGCAGCUAUGAAAAAUUGAAAUGUGACAAAUUGGGACUCCAAGCGGAAAGUGAGAGAACUAUCCCACUUCACUCAUGUCAGAGCGUAGAGUUCUAUACCGGUGUAACGCCUGACAGCAGACACUGUACUGUAACGCCCUCUUCAGCACACGAAGAAUGUGAAUAUAAAGACAUUUCUUCCAGAGCCUGUAACGUGCACUGUAAUCAUCAACCAUGUACAUGCCUAAAAGAACCCCAUCAUGAUUUUUCAGAUGAUGAUGAUAUUGUUUCAUACGGUUUCCCGUCACAAGGAUGCAAGGGUUUCAUGCUCGAAUUAGCUUACAGCAUUAGUGAUCCCAAUAUCCCCCACUCUUGCGACCAUGGCAACCUAGCUGAAACUGUUGGACAGUAUCCCUAUCCCGCCACAAUUUCUAGUCCGAUAUCCAGCGUUGUUCCACCAGGGUUUAGAGAUAAUGACGAUUUCGAAGUGGUGUACAACAUGAGCGUAACCGACUCUUCCAAUAGACUUUCCUCGUUACAACCCAGUGUUUGAAUGAAUGAAUGAAAAAUAACUCUGAAUUAAUCAAGAUAACAUUACAUUUUAUUUAAUGCGUAACUAGGUUUAUGGAAACAGUUAUUUAUCAGUAUAUAUAAUACAUGACUGUAACAACAUACUGUAAGUAAUCAUUACAGGAGUGGAUUUUGUUUUGAUGUUCCGUACAUUACAUUAUUGCCAAAAUUUUGUCAGAUAAAUAUACAUUUCAAUGUUUAUAAUUUUUGUCUGUAAAACAUUUUGUCACUCCAUUAACAUAGAUAUAAAUGCAUUUGACUAAAUAAAUGUAAAAGUGCCUUACUUCUCCUGGGUGUGGUAACAAUAGUAAUUUAAUCAUCUUGCCUUUAUCUUACCAGGAAUGAGAGAUGAUUGAUUGAUUAAUCAACAUGUACAGAUGUGAAUUAGUAAAAAAUAUUAAAAGAGGAAUAUUCAUUCAUAAUUGUUCCUAUUUUAUAAUUUAUUAUUAUUUUACAAUGUAGUAUUUUAAUUAUAUUUUUUUUCCAUUUCCGUACUUUAAAAAUUUUGUUGCUACUUAUGCUUGUAAUGCGUGGAAAGGAAAACUAUGAUGUAAAAUAGCUAACGAAUUAUAAAACUUGUAAAACAACUCGUACGUUUGUUUACGCAUUUUUACAAAUAUGACUUAUAAUGCAUGGCAAAUGUCUUUUGUAAGUAUUUAAUGAGACAAUUAAUGUUUCUGAUAUACAUCUAUACCGUAAAUUUCACCUGCUAGAGCUACAAAAUUAUCCAUCACAAGUUAUUGCGUCACAAAAGACUCUUCUGUAUACAUUUUACAAUGAUAGACGACUUUUUAACAUUUUGGCUGGAUGUAACGAAACUAGCCCUUUGGCGAUUUGCGACUGGUUGUAAGCUUAAAGUACGAAGAAUGGGGGUUGUAUUUGAAGGUUGUAUCUGUCUCAAAUGGUUUUCAUUAGGUGUAAGAGUCCUUAAUUUAACACAGAUAUUUGCUAUUUUUCUUUAUAUUUACAUAUCAGUAAUGCUUAAGAUCUUGACUUGUCAGAAAUUAGACAUACUGAUAUAGUUAUAAUUUUUUUUACCAGAAUCGAUAUAUCUAGCAUUUAAACAAUCAUGUCAAAAUAUGGGACAUGGGUCAAACUUAAAUAUAGAAUUCACGUAUUUUAAUGUUCUCAAAGGCCAAUAUCUCAACACAAUGACACAUCAAGUGUUUUUCUUAUCAACCAGAUGUGUUGUGUGAUAGAUCAGUUUAUAACUCUAGGAAUUGCGGUCAGAGAUAACAUUUAUGGAAAGCGUUGUAACAUUUUGUAUUAUAUUAUUUCCAUGAAAAAUGUCUUAUUACAUUAGGAAGUAAUGUUUCACUUUGUCAGUGACUCAAUACCUCAACUGAACUCCGAUAAAACAAACAAAAAGAACGUACAGUAAUGUGGAACUUAGAAAGCAUAUACAUUAAUGACUAAACGAAUAUAAUAAAUAUAUAAAAUAAAACAAUGCUUAUAACAGAGAACUAUGGAAGAUGUACACAAGGAAUCAUCCAUUAUGUCUAUUAGAACUAUUUAAAUAUUCAUUUGAAAACUUUUUUUUUCAUAUUUAGAGCGGCUAGACUGGCUAAUAUACUUGUCUAGGGAGCCAUGAGUUUUCAAAUGCUUCAUAAACAUUAAUCCCUCAGUUUGUUUUUCAUUAUAUACAAAUUGUACUAUAUACGUUUUUCAUUACAUCGCAAUUGCAAAAUACGCAUUUGUUCCUUUCACAGAUUUAAUCUAAAUUUAGUUUCAGAUGUUAGUCCCUGGCAAAGUAAUGAAAGUGAAGAACUGCACAAGGAAAAAUGUUUGUCAUAGCACGCAUAGAGAUAGAGUAAAGCAGUAGUACAUUGGCGAACGUCAGAGAAAAAUCAGGAACUGUUGUGUACCAUUAACAUGUUGGCAGUAGGUUAUCAUGCCCAAAAAAACAAUCAUGCGGUUGGCUUAAGUAAAGCACAAAUAAAGGGUAAAGAGGAAAACACAAAAAAAGGAGGAAAGUUAAGAAGACAUCUAUAUCCAGUAUCAUGAUUCGAACCAUUCAGCCGUGGGUGGCAAAACUUCUUGAAAAUAUUAAAUAUCUCGUAAAUAUUGGAUUUGAAUCUAAGUUUGAAAUGGACAUCAACUGCCUGUUGUAGAAACCUACAGUUGCUGUCCAUUUCAAACUUAGAUUCAUUAUGAAUAC